GUGCAUCACAGUCAUCUCCAAUGAUGUUGACAACAGCAAGAAUGCAUGCCUGAUGAUCCUGGCCAAAAUUGUGGAGGACCCACAGAGUGGAACAUGUCUCAACGUGAGCUAUGCAGACAUCACAGGCCCCGUCGCAAAUCCAACCCCACUGGAUCUCCAUUUGCUAAUUCUCCAGGUGGACAAAACACGCAGAUGGUACCAUGGGAGCACUGUCCAAUCCGCUCUCUGCAGUGAGUGGAUUGGGUAAUUUGCUUGGAGGUGGAGUAAAUCUGACCUUAAAUCUAAGCUCAGCCUAUCCCAACGGAGGUGCUGGGAACCCCGUGGUUACCGGACAACUGUUAGAGCAUGUACGCUCUCUCCUGCGCUCGUCGGGCUUUGCUGACCAGUCCAAUGCUGAAGUGUGUCAGGCCAUUAGCACUCUGAUCAACUAUGGUAUCAUAGGCCUGGGGCUUUGGUCUCGGGAAUCCCUCUGGUCACCAGGGCGGGCAAGGUGGGCAAGGACAGCAGGGGCAAGGAAAUAUGGGGAACAUGAAUAUAAACAUGAACAACUCAAAUAACCCAAAUGACUCUUAUCAUGGCUCAUCAAUGAGUAAUGGGAACAAUGGCCCUUUUGGGCCCAUAGGCACAACAGUUGCAUCAGGCCUUAACCUUGGACAGGGUUUAGGGGGACCAACAUCUCCUCAGCGACAGGUGGACCGAUUCAACUCAGAACCCCCAUUUGAUCCCUUUCGUCGACAGUCGACAGAGAUGGGGGCGAGCCUUCCGCUGAACAGUAACUCUUUCGGGCUGGGGACCCCUUUAAGGAAGAGCCCCUCUCCAGGAGAGCUUCCUCCAGGAGCACCAGAAGGUAGCAAGAAAGUUGAGAUGGAGGUUGGUGAGCACAUUGUUGGCGCUAUCUUGGGCCCCGGGGGAAAGUCCCUGGUAGAAAUACAGCACAUGUCCGGCACCACAAUACAAAUCUCCAAGAAGGAUAAUGGGUGACCCCAAUGUCUUGAAUGAUGAUUAAGCUGGUGUGUAUGUGUGGAGCUGACAGUGCCAGGCUGUGGUGGUGGCGGCGGCAGGAGGGUGAGAGACUCCACGCAGGCUCGGCACUCCUCUCCACACAGGUAGUGAUUCUGCCUCACUCCACCUCCACCCCCACACUCCAUCUCCACCCCUCCCUCCCUAAUCUCACUUACCUCUGGCCUCAUGUCUAUAUUGUGCCGGCCUCUUGUGCCUGGUGCUCACCCCUGACCUCUCUUUAAUAUCCUUGUCAGGGAGUAAUGUGGUCUCCGGAAGUGAACGUCUCACAAUUUUUGAUGUGUAGCUUGCUCGUAAGGGAUGCUCCUAUGAAUCUUCAUAAAUUACAUGAAAAAAGUAUGCAUUCUUUGUAAGAUUUUCAUUAACUUGAAAAUGAAAGAAAACAAAAAUAGAAAAAAAGAAAGAAAAAAAAACAACUCAGGGCUUUUUAUUUUUGUGUACAGGGAACGUCUUCAGGGAGCGAUCUGGUUAAAGAGGUUGAACUUCUUGUGGCUUGAAAUUUCUGUUCCAACUUUGAUAUUAAUAGGAAACAGGAUCCAAGAAUAUUUUAUGUAGCUACUUUUGCAAUUGCUGGUCAUGGGUGAAACAGUGGGCCAAAAGGUCAUUUACAUUUGGUCAGGGGUUUUAUUGGGUCAUGCUGGGUAGCAUCACAAGUGGAAAAAAAGGGACGAAAAAAUGAAUGAUAUAAACAUUGUGAGAUACUGUAUAGACUUGACUUAUUCUUUAUUAUGUUUAUUAUUAUUAUUAUUAUUAUUAUUUUUUGCUUGCAGUUCUUAUUGUCCUCUGGAAAAUCCAGUGUACAGUUACUGAUGAAAAGGUGAAAAUAUGUACAUCUAUAUAGUGAUGCUAUCAGGUGUGUGUUUCAUCAUCAUUUAUUCACACAUUCUCCCUGUUUCUUGUGAUACAUCAUUAAAUUGAAUUACAUAAGACAUCAUUCUUUGAUAUGCUGACAUUUUUAGUCAUUCAUAUAUUGUACUAAAGGAAAAUGCUCGCCGUCUUAAAAAGAUGGACUUUGUAACAGUUCAUAGAACAAACUCUUUCCAUUGCUUUGUUUAUAUAUAUUUUGACUAUUUAUUUAUUUAUUAUUUUUCCUAAAGAAAUGAAAAAAUGCAACUUGUGGGAACCUUUUGAAAUGUUUUAGAAGUCUUAUAUUGUUUGCCAUAUACUGAAAGUCAAGAAUUGAUUUUCUUUUCCUUGACAAGAGGGAGAACAACCAAAUUCAUAGAUGCCAACAUUUUACAGUUUUAUCAGGUUUCGUCAUGUGUGGUCACCAUCUACACACAGGCAUUGUGGCAUGCUGGGUGUGAAGAGGUUUGGUGCUGCUGGGCAUUGCUUGAGUGGAAUGAGGAUGAAAGCUGGUAACACUUGAGUACAGGUCAUGUUGGAGGUGCUGUCGUGUGCCCAGCCAAAUGGAUCUCGGAUAUUGAAAUUUUGCCGCUGGUAGGAAAGGAAGAUCCUUCUGGGAAUGGAUAUAGAUCUAGUGAGAAACAUAUUGUGUAUAGAAGGAAGAAAUAUAUGUUGUUGUCUUUCUUUUAUUAAUCUACAUCCUGUUUCUUCUACUUGGUUAUUUCUUUGGUUGGAUAUACUUGGUCUGGUCUUUAUUUUUUACAGAUUAAAAGCAGUAAAUUAAUGUAAAGCUGUGAUUGCAUGACAAUGCCCAUUAAGGUCAUAAGGAGGGUAUCCAUGCAAUAGAUUGAGUUUUGAAGCUUUUUUUGUCUGUAUAUAUUCUAAAUUUGUCUUAAAACACCAUUAAUGUGGUGAAAUUUGCGCCUUUAACAUUUAUUACAAAUGUUUUUUUUUAUUUAAUAUCAUUAAAGAGAAUAGUGCAUUCAUAGAAAACUGAACAGUUUUUUAUGUAAUGAAGUCUUGGUAUAUAGUCUUGGUUGGUAAUAGAAGUUUUUGAGUAUUCGAUUUCAAGUUGAUUGGAUAACUUGCAGUUUACAGUCUCUAAUCUCAAGAUGGUUUGGUUGUAAGUUACAGCGAGUAUUGGUAUUGAUUUUCUCUAAGAAUUGCCGUAUAUUACGAGCUUAUUUCAGAAAGUGUUUUCUUUAAUGCAUAUUCUAUGUUCCUUCAAUAGCUUGAGUAAAGGCUUGGUACAAGAAUCACAAAAAAAAAAUUCUAGCAUUCUUUAUAAUGAGUGUGUUCAAUUGAUUUUCAUUUCCCAUCUGAAUAAGUUAAACCAUGAUCCAGUUAAUUGAUUAAUUGUUUUAAAGGAGAGCUGUAAUGCAGUUAUGAUAUUUUUCAUAUUCUGAAGUUUAUCGUAUGUUAGAACUCUCCAAAUACCAUCAAGAAAUUGUUGAUAAGAAAUUGGUAGAAUGUAUUUAUAGAUUUCUUCAAUAUUGAUGGGUGAAUAUUAUGAAAAUCUCUAAUACAUGUUUAACCAUAUACCAUACCAAGAAUAGAACAUGCAUAAUAACAUACCAUUUACUCAAAAUAUACUAGCAUAAACAUGAACUUUUAACCUUAUUUUGGGGGAACCUUUAUGAAAUAUAUAUGGGAUACUGUCGGUGACCUUCAAUCUAUAUUGUACAACGAAAGUGCUGUAGCCUGAAGUUUGGAGAUAAACUGGUAAGUAGUUUUUUUUACUCCUUCGGCUACAAGAAGUUUAUCGUAGAGUAAAUAUUUCACAUUCAGUAUUUGUGGGUGGAGGGAAAUAGAAUGUGACUCAAAGUUUGGUGAAGGAAAUUAACUUAAAAGUUUAAGGGAAAUUUCAGCGUUUUUUCAGUGUGAAAACGCUGCAGACAUCCAUUUAACAACUACAUGGACAUGCACCGACACUGUUUCACUAUCAUUCACACUAACUUACGAUUUCCCUCUUCAUUUUUUCUCCUAAUUUAUUUAAAGGUUUUAGAAAUAUUGUUUUAAAUUCACUUCCACCUCCAUUAGGUCUUCAACGAUCGAGAACAUUCAUAUGAUAAAUGUUUUAGAGAAUGGUCAGGACAGAGCAGUUCAUCAUUUUUUUUUUUUGUUAUGAUUUGUAACACGGACACACGUUAACAAUCUCCCUCACUUAACUCAUGAAAUCAGCACGUAAACAUCACGCAUCGAGUUGUUAGCACCCUCUCUAAGAAGGGCACAUUCUUUGAUCAUCCUUAGGCAACGGAGUAUGUUGAUGAGCACAUUGUUUAUCUACUGAGGUGCAUAAGGAAUAUGAUGUAUCAAAUGUUGAUUUUUUUGGUUAAAUAUAUAUUUUAUAUUGAA